UGUUUAACGGCUACAUGGGGCAGUCGCAAAUUAGCAGUUAGCCGUAUACGUAUCUUGUGCGGGUAUUUAGAUGUGCUUAUCUGAAUUUUAGCGUAAAAUUGAGUGUUAUCCAUUACCCUUGAUAGAGUGGAUGCGGAGAGAUGAGUGGUUAAUCACUAAGAGUAAAGAGACCUCAUGAUAUUUUUAACGGUGUAGUUAGCAAAACAUUAGCUCGCUAAUCAACAGAACGACGGUUAGAAUUGUUUAAAAAACAAAACAAUGACUUUGGCAGUCGGUCGCGAGCCCAGAAAGACAGCGGGUAACCGCAUGUCUAAACUGUUGGAUGCUGAAGAAGAAGACGAAUUCUACAAGACCACUUACGGAGGCUUCAACGAUGAAUCUGGGGAUGAUGAGUAUCAUGGUGAACAUUCAGACACAGAGGAUGAGGUGGACAGUGACUUUGACAUCGAUGAGGGUGAUGAGCCUGACAGCGACCAUGAGGAGGAUGCACCCAAGAGGAAAAGUCGAGUCGUCACUAAAGCUUACAAGGAACCCAUAAAGGUGGCAAAACCAAAACCCAAAAAACCCUUGGAGGAACAGAAGAAGACAGAGAAAACUAAAGUGGAGCUCAAAAGGAGGAUUCCACAAGAAUUUCAAGAUUUUGGCGAGACUCGAAAGUCUGUACGACAGUCCACCAGCGAACACACCAGAAAGACCAACCUUCGUCUGCAGGAGCGUCAGGAUGCCCCUAGGAGACGGAGAGGUGCUCACCGUGACCGGCCCCUAACGCAGGAAGAGCUGCUGGCUGAGGCCAAAAUAACUGCUGAGCUCAAUAUUCGUUCUUUAGAGAACUAUGAACGUCUUGAAGCAGACAAGAAGAAACAAGUCCACAAAAAGCGGCGUUUCGAGGGACCAACCAUCCGUUACCACUCUGUCCUGAUGCCACUGGUCUCUCACUCAGUUCUAAAAGAAGAAAAUGUGGACGUUGAAGGGUUGGAUCAGGACGUACCCCAGACAACCCCACAGAAUCCCACCACACCUUCCCAGCAGCCCACAGGAGGCCUGUGCUCCCGUACUUACAUAACGUUCAGUGAUGACGAAGCAUUCGAGGCGGCCUUUCCAGACAGCAGCCAGCCGAGUCCUCAGCUGCCUGUCCAGGAGGUUUGUCCUGUUACCCACAAGGCUGCACUGUACAGAGACCCGGUCACUGAUAUACCAUACGCCAAUGCACGAGCCUUCCGCAUCAUCCGGGAAGCGUACCGUAAAUACGUGGCAGCUCAUGGGUUUCCAAACACAUCAGGAGGGGUGACAGGAUUGGACUCUUCUGCGGGGAAGGGCGCCCGCCAGAAAAUGGUGGUGAAGCAGAGUGCUGUGGCGACAUAGACAAAAUUGACAGCAGCUCCUUUUUUAUAUGUACUCAAUUAGGUAGAGGGACUUGUGUCAAUGACAGGGGGAAAAAUCACAACCAGUCACUUCUUAAACCUUGGGUUAAAUACAACUUCUGCAAACAAGUGCUUACAUUAAGUUUCAUCUCCAUCCAAAGCAUUAGUGGCAUCAGUGGUUUAUCACAAGUUUCAAAUCUUAAAAUAAUAUUUUAUUUAUUGAAGUGAUCAAAAUGUAAAUUUCAUUUCAGUGCUGCUGUUGACAGAAAAGAGCAAGGUUAAAGAAACAAGCAUCAGUAUUUACAGGCAAGUUGCUGCAUUUCCUCAAAUAAAAGUCUUACUUGUGUUGUCUACUGGUACAGAGAAAUUUUGUACAUUAACACCCUACAAACCCAGGCUUAGUGAAUGAAAAAAUACAAGUCGUGUUGAAAAAAAAAAGCAGGUUUCCAUCUGCUCAACACAUGGGCAGCUCUUGAUUUUUUUUCUUUUUACUUUGAUUGAAUUUUUACAACUGUCAUGAUGUCUUGUUUUCACAGAUGUCAAUAUUUUCAGUAAAAAAUAAACAUUUAAACUCUAA